CUGUAGUAUGCUGCAUUGGACUCGGGUCCCUGCGUCAUUGGUUGCGGAUACCAGCCGUCUAGUCCAGCGCUUGUAUGCUACGGUGUACGGAGUAUUCGGGGUGAUUUUCAUGACUCGGUCCUCCAGAUCAGGCAAUCCAGACCUGAAGGUCCAGGAUGGAAUAUAAAACUCAAAUGAACUUCAUUGAUUUUCCCCUGCAAUCUGCAUUGGUGUGAACAAUCACUACACAACACAAUAACAACAUCGUGACCAAAGCAAAACGAAAUGGCUCCCGGACGCAUCGACCCCCCCAAUCUACCCACCAGCAAGCUUGAGAUCCCCUCCGUGGAUAUCUCUGCCUUCCUUGCCGACCCAGACUCUCCCGAAGCACAGCGCAUUGUGCCCAUUGUGAGGCAGGCCUGUCGUACCACUGGAUUCUUCCAGGUUACCGGCCACGGCGUUUCCCCGGCUCUUCAAAAGGCUGUGUUUGAAGGGGGCAAGAAGUUCUUUGCCCUGCCCUUUGAGACCAAAAACUCCUUCGACUCCAAGAAGGUCCGCGGCCACCGCGGCUACGACGUGCUAGCCUCGCAGUCAUACGAGCCUGGUAUCCUGCCCGACCUCAAGGAAGGCUGGUAUGUUGGAGAAGAUCUUCCCGACGAGGACCCCCGGGUGCAGGCCGGUCGCUUCUUCAUGGGCAGCAACGUCUGGCCGGACGAGGCGCAAUUGGCCCGCCAGGACUUCCGAAACCCCUGUGAGGAGUACCACCGCACUCUCAGCGCCCUCAGCGUCCGAAUCCUGCAGCUCAUCGAGCGUACCCUGCCCUACGGCUCGGGUAUCUUCGACGACUUUGUCUCCAACAACCCCAUCACCCCCAUGCGGAUCUUGCACUAUCCCCCCGCCCGCACGCCGACGGACAAGCCUCAGUUCGGGGCCAGUGCGCAUACCGACUUUGGCGCCAUCACGCUGUUGCUGCAGGAUGAAAGCCCCGGCCUCGAGGUGCUAGACUCUCGCACCGGAACCUGGGUGGGCGUCCCGCCCAACCCGAAUGCCUACGUGGUCAACAUCGGUGACAUGCUCAGCCGCUGGACCAAGAAUGAGUACGUCAGCAGCGUGCACCGGGUGAUUAACCAGAACCCGUGGGAUCGCUACAGUAUCGUCUUCUUCUUUGACGGUAAUGCCGACACCGAACUGCGGGCAUUGGAUGGCAGUGAGGCGGAGGAUCCAAACCCAUUGACCCCGGAGAAACACAUGCUGAACCGCAUGACUGAGAGUUAUGGGAAGAAGAAGACCCAGCCUGAGGUUACCGCUUGAAUUGGAUGCCACCUGUCUGUCAUGAAUUUCCCUUCCCUUUUCCUUUUCCUUCCUUGUCAAUACUACGUCUGUCCUCAUUACUCUGUCUUUUCCAUCGUUAAUCGUUCCAAAGCCUUGAUAAUCAUAACGAUAGCAUUGAAUUGAAUUUUCUACUUAGCAAUGA